AUGGCAGUUAAAUUUAAAAAUUUAUAUCACUAUGGCUAUAUUUCCAAUCACCAUUACGUUAUGACGUUAUUAGUGGUUUUGCUUUUACUAAAUGGUGUAGCGAGUGUUAUUAUUGGAGGUUUUAGCAUCGCAUCUGAACAAUAUUAUACCCUAGGUGCCAGAAUUUCCGCUCCUAUUUGGUGUGGAAUAGCCGUUACUCUUUCUGGAAUCUCUGGACUGUUGAAUUUGUGUUAUCGCGAUAGUAUUGCACACACCAAAUGGUUUUAUGGACUCUCUAUCUUUGCUGCGGUUACUAAUGCUUUCGGUUUGGUAACUCUAUUUUUGGGUAUUGGUUUCCAUAGCCCAUUCAAUAUUGCAGCGGAUGUUUUGAUCGGAGUUGGAUUUUUAUUAUCUGUUACAACUGCUUUAAUGAUCGGCUGUGGGGUUUAUUGCUACCGUGAUGACUUAUCUUUAAUUCAAAAAGGGACCUGGGCUAGCAUAAAUCAUAGCUUAGCUUAUAGAAAGAUGGGUCAAGAUAUAUACGAUGAUGCCAAUUACAGGAUAGAGGUGGAAUCUUCAUGUGCUAAGAAAAGCAUCGCAAAAGUGCCCAUCAUGAUCUUUAAACUCAUUCAGGACUUGGUGAUUGGAAUUGUACAAACUCAUUUAACCGGUUUAUUAUAA